UAAGAGUACCGAUAAUCAGAAUUAAAUUUUAAGUAGCUCUGCAGGUAAACUGCUGAGCUGAGGUCAGCAAAAAGGGGGAUCUGGGUGAUGUUUAGUGGGGUUAGAUUUGAAGAAACUGAAGGGGAGGACAGAUUUUUGAGAAAGAAAGCAGUUAGCAUUACCUUUGGUGAUGCUGGAAAGGUGGGGAGAACUGAAAGCGUAGCCUCCAGAUAAUGGGGUUCACCUUAAAUCAUAAUUGCCUGUCAGUAUUCAGGCUGACCCUUGACAUGUUGCUGGGGGCAAUGUGGACAGAAAAUCCAUGAGCCUGGAACGAUGUUCACGUGAGAUGCUGUGACUUAUAGGAGCUACUGGCUGUAUUUGUUUUAAACUGUGCAAAUCUAAGACCUGAUGACUGAAAGCAGAGUUACAUAUCUUGCCUUCUGGGUUCAUGCGGAUAACAGCAGUUCAGAGACAAGAAAUGCAGGGAGCUGUUACGCUGAGAAUUUGCUUUGCCUUCUCAGUUGCUCUUCAAUUUGACCGUGGUUAUGAGAGUGCUGACUUUAGGUGGACCAGUGAGUUCUGCUUGCAGUUUAGUACAGAAUGCAAUUUCAAGUGUAAAAUAGCAGCACGGGGAUGCAUGUCUGACUGAAAAUGUCAAGGAGGGAAGGGAAGAAAAAAAUCCCGGAACUCUUGCUGAUAGUUUAGUCUCAAUUAAUUUGCAAUUAGCAUCCAGCUUUUAUGUAAAAUUGAAAAAAAUAACACUGAAAACAACCAAACAAGGCAAACCUCUAAGCAACCAUCAAAUUUAGGAAGUGUACUGUGUGUGAUGAGGAGAUCCAUGUUGUGUGAUUGAUUCCAUAAGCACCUUUAAUAGCCUUCUAGAAUGGGAGAUGAGCUUUCUGCAGUAGCCUGACGCUAUCAGGACCAGGCAUUUGGAUUUGCUUUUCUUUACCAGCAGUUCAGCUGUCUUGGACUCCAGGUUUUUCGAGACAUAGUUGUAUUUUUCUGGCAUUUAGUGUUCUGUCUUAACAUGGUUUCUGGGAAAGCAGCAGUGUGACCCGGUAGCUAUAGUUGUGCAAAUGAUCAGAAAUGGAAAGGGCCAUUUCACCCAGUUACACAAUGUAUAGAUACACUUACUAGAAAAGGGGAAAGAAUGUUUCCUCUGUCAUUGAGUGGGAAGGUAGAAGUUAGCUUCUGUGCACUACUUUCAAACGUGCACAGAUUUUGCAGGAUUUUCUGGAACAGUUUGGGUUCUUCACUGCUAUUUGCAUGCUCACCAUAAUGUCAUAUACACAUUCAAUGUAAAGAAAAUUCACUUAAUUCGAAAUCAGGGAUAACACACAGUUUCCAGACAAUUCCACACCAUCCAUGGACAGCUUUUCUUUCCUUACAGCAUGCUGGAAAUGGGCAGAGCCAUCAGACAGGGAUUUCUUCUUGUUCACAUGGUAGCUAGGGGCUUGCAGGUGCUACUUGAGGAAUACUUUGGCCUAGCUUUAUGUGUUCUGGGAAAGAGGAGUGUCAGCACCAGGCUGGCUGCCUUUGUCAUUCCAGCAGGAGCUGUUGGUUACCCUCUUCCUCCUGGCUGAUUUGGAGCAUUGGAGGCUGGUGAUCCCUGGAACAGUCAGAGAGGCAAGAUGUUGUGUCUUGCAUGAUGCAGGUAUUAAACUGACCACAGAAACAAAAGACAGCCAAGAUGAUGGAUCACAUUGAAAGGAUUUUUGAAUAGAUGGGUCUGAGUACACCCUUUGUAAGCAACAGAUGAUGAAUGUCCCUGAAGGUCUAAGUCUGAGAGCACCAACGCAUGUCAAGCCCUGAACUUUAAUUUGUUUUUCUAACACGUGGACAUCACCCAGAGCUUUCCCGUCAGCUGCUGCCUGUUUCAGGGGUUAAAUCUCUCCUCAACGUUUUUCCCCACUGCUGCAUAGACGCCUUUUUAAAGGAAUAUAACCUGUUUCGUAACAAGCCCAAAAUGUGGCGGGCGGUGGUUAACGCCCUGUCGAGGGCCAAAGUCCCUGGAGGCCAAGCAUUCCGCCCGCUGCCGGCGCAGGAGGGCCGGAGCCUGCUCCCUGGGAGCACCCACUGCUGCCAGGGUGCCGUGCCGGGGCUCCACACCGCCCAGCAGCUCAGCAUGAGCCCGGGAAUACAGAAGGUGGAAGCUUUGGACGUGGGCCAUUUUGUCCGUGUGGAGUGGGAGGAUGGAAGUGAGAGCCGCUACCCCUGCGUCUGGCUGAGGGACAACUGCCAGUGUCCCCUCUGCUUCCUGCCCUCCGCCGGAGCGCGCAGGCUGCUCUUCGAGGACCUGGAUGUGAACAUCGUGGUGAAGGAGGUGGCUCUGGCAGAUCGAAGAAAGAUCUCCAUCACGUGGCCUGAUGAACACGCAAGCGAAUACGAAGCUGAGUGGUUGAAAAAACGAUGCUUCUCUGAAGAAGCCAGAGCAGAAAUGCAAGCAGAUUUAUUUUUACCAGAACGCCAGUACUGGGGCUCAGACCUUCAACUUCCCGAAAUACCUUUUGAAGAAAUCAUGAACAAUGAUGAAAGUGCAUACAAGUGGCUGUGCACCCUAAAGAAAGUAGGAAUCGUUCUACUGACAGGAGCUGCUACAAGGCAGGGAGAAUUGAUUAAACUUGGCCACAGGAUUGGGUUCCUGCGCCUCACUUUUUAUGGACCAACUUGGCAAGUGCAAGACAAAGCAGAUGCUAACAAUGUAGCUUAUACAACUGGGAAACUGUGUUUUCACACUGAUUACCCUGUUCUGCAUCAUCCACCUGGGGUCCAGUUUCUCCAUUGUAUAAAGCAAACAGCUACAGGAGGUGAAAGUGAGGUUGUAGAUGGAUUCCACGUAUCCAACAAGCUGAAGAAACAAAAUCCUGAGGCAUAUCAGAUCCUGUCCUCUACUGCUGUAGACUACACUGAUGUUGGGGUGGACUUCUGUGAUUUUGCUGUGCACUGUAAACAAAGGAUUAUAGACAUAGAUUCCAGAGGCCAAGCAGUUCGCAUCAAUUAUAAUAAUGCAACAAGAGACGCUGUGUUUGACAUACCAGCUGAAAAAGUGAGGCCAUUUUAUGCAGCUCUAAAGGAAUUUAAUGAUUUAUUAAACAGUGCAGAACACAAGUUUACUUACAAGCUGAAACCAGGAGACAUAGUGACGUUCGAUAACUGGCGCGUGCUUCACGGUCGCCAGAGCUACCCCUCGGGUUCGGGAGUGACCCGUCACCUGGAAGGGGCCUAUGCAGACUGGGAUGUGGUCCUGUCACGGCUCCGGCUCCUCAGGAAGAGGGUCCUGAAUAGGGACUGAGUUUUCUUCGGACUGGAAGGAGCGAAACGUAGAUUGUCUGACCUCGAUGACAACGACAACAGAGUCAAAAAAUUGAGUCUUCUUUUCAGAAACUAACGUCGCUUUUGACAAGGGCUUGUCAUUGAACAAGGGGAAUGGAUUUAAACUGACAGAGGGGAGGUUUUGAUUAGAUAUUAGGAAGAAAUUCUUUACUGUGAGAGUGGUGAGGCCCUGGAACAGGUUGCCCAGAGACUCUGUGGAUUCCCCAUCCCUGGAAGUGUUGAAGGCCAGGUUGGGUGCAGCUUGGAGCAACCCAUGGCAGGGGAGUUGAGACAAGAUGAUCUUUAAGGUCCCUUCCAAUCCAAACCAUUCUAUGAUUCUAUCAUAAAUAUAUUUUUGAGUUCUAUAAGCUAAGAAAUGUGUUGUUCAUAACAAUUUAAGAUUUGCCUGUGCCCUGGUCUUUGAAUCUAUAAAUGUAUUGCUACCUCUGUCAGUUUAUUUGCUUUUUUAAAAUCAGUGUGCAAAGUGGCUUGAAAGAUUGUCACUUUACUGGGCUGACUGGGUAUCACAACGCCUUCCUUUGCCUCUACAUAUGUACCUGCCCUCCCUAGAAAGCUUGGAAGUCAGCAUGAGGAAAGAACUUGAAGUAUUAUUUACUGAAGUUUUGUUAUAAACAGCACCUUCCUCUAUUUUCAGAGAGGCAUUCUUUAUUGCAUAAAUCAUAACUAAAAUUCACUAUCAAAAUACACAACCAGUGCUGUAGUUUUUAAAUACACACCUUUCAAGGUACGACUUCACUAUAAUACAUGAUCUCAUUGAACAGAUGUCAUAUUCUCUAUAUCCUGCUGUACAUGUCAUGACUAUCACAGCCACAGAUAUUUUUUCUUACAUUUCCAAGUCCAUAAGCUCAGAAACUAUAGACUUACGAGAGAAUGCAUCAUAUCAAUGUUUCUCUGCAUUAGGAUGAUAAAUAAAUCUCAGUGUAGAGGUCACAGGCAGGGUCAGAAAUCCCAUCAGACCUAAGAUCUGCACAGCAGACUUCUGAGUAAUGUCAGGAGGAGGAACACAGAAGCUGCCUGGUGGCUAGAAACCACAAAGCACAAGAGGUAGUUAUGGACUUUGCACAUGACAGAGAGAGGCAACUGAACCCAAAUCCAUUUUUAUUACUCCAGAUAAAAGAGGACACCUCCAAAAGGUGUACAUCAUGUUUUUCUCUGCUCUGGAUUCUGAUUAGAAAUUAUGUUAUGUAAAACUUACUGCAGCCAAAGUAGUGUGUUUUUUCCCUAUAUUCAGAUGCCAAAUGGAAAGAGAAAGAACUUCCAAAUAUUUUUUUUUUAUACUUAACAAUCCUGAGUUUAUUUUUCAAUGUCCUUACAGCUGCAGAGGUAACAGGACGCCUCUCACCAUGCUGCGAGUUGGACAAAACAACCCCACCUCCACCCUGUGAUCUCUCUGUUCAACUCUAUAUUUUCAAACUGUUCCCUCCAAGUCAAAUAAAUCCUAGUCUCUUCCUAGAGGAGUAACACAAUAGAACCAUAACUACAGAAUUAAAUAACUGUAGAAUUAAAAUAAGCUCAGGUUAGAUGGAACUCUGAGGUAUGUGGUCUAGUGGAAGAUGUCCUGAUAGCAGGAGAGUUGAAACCAGAUGAUCUUUAAGGUCCCUUCCAACUAAACCAUUCUAUGAUUCUGUGACCUAACAUCAGCUUGCAAACAUUUUCAUAGCUUCUACUCAUCAUUUACAGUCAACAGAUAACAGUUGAAUAAUCAGUUAAAACUCUAUUAGGCACUGGUCACAGUGUGGUUUGAAUUCCUCUUUAUUAAAUAGUGAAGUGUUUUUAUCAAAGCUAUGACACUAAGUGAUAGUGUAACAAAACUUUUUUUAGGGGUAAUUCAAUUUCUCAGUGCCUCCUUUAAUAAUUAAUUUUGGAAACAUGAGGAAAGUAUUUUUUUCUCUUUGCUAUGAAAGAGGGAAAAGCUGAGGAGGGGUUAAUACCUAUAUUCCAGCAGUGCUGUGCUUUAACUGUGAUAUUUUCUAUAUAAAAAUGGAUUGAAGAUUGCAAUUUAUACCUGUAAAACAAGACAUCUUGUGAUUUAUACCAAUUGUUAAUAGGAAAGAGAUUUUCUGCCUUUAUUCUGUACUUUUCUAAACACUUUUAUUCAAAUUUCUGUUUAUUAAAAGCUGUUAUGGAACUGA